AUGUUAAAAGGCCAUAGUAUUUGGGAAGUAAAUAUACCAGUUGAUAGUUCCUGGAUAUGGAGGAAAUUACUUCAAUUAAGACCACUUGUUCAACCAUUAAUCAAACCUUUGAUUGGAAAUGGUCAUAGUACUUUUUCCUGGUUGGAUAAUUGGCAUCCUCUUGGUCCUUUAUAUUUGAAUUAUCCAGAAUCUUUGCUUAAAGCUUUCAGAUUGACUGUAACUUCGAAAGUGGGGGAUUUUAUUAGUAAUGAUGGAUGGUGCUGGCCUAGUGGCAGAAGAUAUACUGCCAUGUUUAAGGAGUUCCAGUUUGUUACUCUUGAUAGCUUGUUGCAACAGUUGCAUAGAGUUGACUGUGCACAAUGGAAUGUAGCAGGGGUUGGCGAAUUUUCUGUUAAAUCAUAUAUUAAAGAGUUAUUUGGUUCAGGAGAAACUGUGGCAGGGUUUCCUUUGAGAUUGUGCCUCUUGUAUAGAGGAGUGUUACCCUGGGAACAAGAAGUAUUGCGGUGGUGUCAACAUGCUGGUGCUGGAACAUUUUCAGACAAAGUAAGAAGAUUGGCUCUUGCUUCUUCUAUGUGGCAUAUAUGGCACGAAAAGAAUAGAAGAAUCCUUCAAUCUAUGGCUCUAUAUGGUGCCAAAGUUAUGGAACUCAUAGUUAAAGUUGUGCAGAAUACUGGGACAACUUGA